AUGCCAACAUUUCCAACUGCAACCUCUUCUUGGGACAACCUCUUAAAUGCUCUUGCUCGCAGCUCAAUAUGGAAUUGGUUACAAGCAACUUUUGUGGGAGAGACUAUUAGUGUGCCUCAGCCAACAAACUUGGGGAUACUAGAUAAUCUCGCUCCAGCUGUGCAAAUCAUCCUUGGGAUUUCCUUUUUGAUUUUGUUGGCAAUUGGAUUAUUUGCCUUAUGGAAACGAAGCAUUCGGUCAAUUCAGAAAAUAGUGAUGUUUGUGAUCACACUCUACCAACUUUACAAGAAGGGCUCAGAUUUUUUUCAGGCUUUGCUAGCCAACCCAGAAGGAAGCGGUCGCCAGAUUCAAGACAAUAGUAAUGUCUUCCUGUCGUUGGGUCUGCAAGAGAAGAUUUUAAAAAAGCUUCAGAUGGUGGAAAACAAAGUGAGAGACCUGGAGGGGAUGAUCGUCGCCCAGAAACCUGCUGCGAAGCGGGACUGCUCCUCCGAACCCUACUGCAGCUGCUCUGACUGCCAGAGUCCCUUGCCCACGUCAGGGUUUACUUCCACAUCUGAAAUGUGA